GGGUGUCUUCUGGUCAUGCAGCGGUCGGCGGGGCGCCCACCAGUACUCGGCAGCUGAUCCUCCUCUCUCUCUCUCUCUCUCUCUCUCUCUCUCUCUCUCUCUCUCUCUCUCUCUCUCUCUGUGUCUCUCUUUUGAGGGAGAGGGCGCUCCUGGAAGGAAAGACACUGAAUCUUCGGCCAUCGCGGCUAUGGAGGCGAUAGCAUCAUCGUCGGUGACAAUGUCCGGGUCAACGACGACUGCUUGCGCCCGGGCGGGGAUGGGCACGAGGGCAACGCCCGGUCCUGCAUCUGGGCGCCGCCCUUCUGCGCCGGGGUCGUCGACUGCCGGGUUGUCCGACUACCGCCUCGGGCGACCGGUGCAGCUACCGGGCGCUCUGCAUCGUCAAUGUGCUCUGAGCCGUCGGACCGACGGUCAUCAUGCACCUGUCUGCUCUCGCUCUCCUGGGCGAAUUUGCUGUCGAGCACAGCAGACUACGGGUAGCAGGGCUGGGAAAAUGCCACGUGGCAAUUUGUCCUCGAAUACACAAGUGAAGGGCGACGUCGUGAUAGGUAGAGAAAUUGUUGACGGCCAGCAAAUACAGGGACGGAGAAGAGAUGUGCGCGCCGACGUGGGGGCUGUUCAGGAAGUGGAGGAACCCUUGUCUCUUGGCAGCGUCGUAGUAGGUGGAGGAGGAGAAGGAAAAAAGGAGGAAGAGGAGGAAGAGGAGGAAGAUGAGGAAGAGGAGCAAGAGGAGCAAGAGGAGCAAGAGGAGCAAGAGGAGGGAGAAGAGGACGAGGAGGAAAACGAGAAAGAGAAGCAAGAGGAGAAAGAGGAGGAAGAAAGGGGAUGGGAAAUGGGUUUUGGAGGAGAAGGAAGGACAAAAUGGGAAAGAGGAGGAGGAGGAGGGGACAUUUGUCGAAUAACGGUGCAAGGGAAGAAAGAAGCGGAUGCUUGUUUUGAGAUCAAAGAGACUCUGCUCAAGCAUGGAUACGAGAUCCCUUUGGUUGCUGAUAUUCACUUUGCGCCAUCGGUGGCUAUGAGAGUGGCGGAAUGCUUUGACAAAAUCCGCAUAAACCCUGGAAACUUUGACUACGAAUGGCAGAUCCUAUCUAGCCUAGACUACAAUGCCGCUGAUGACGUCAACAGCUCCCCGAAGUAUGAGCAGACGUCGGCCAAUGCCGCACGCGUCAAGCACCAGGUGCCAUUUGAAGACAAGGCACGACAGUACUUCGAAUUCCAACGAAGAACUGGUGCUCUGCCUGUUCAGAAGGAGAGUGACCAAAUCGACUUCAGGGGUGUUCUGCACAGAGAUGGAUCAGUUUUGAUGUCAGUCAAACUGGAGCAGCUGAAGAAACCAGAUGAGCUUUAUCGAUCACUUGGGUGCAAGCUAGUUGUUGGGAUGCCCUUCAGAGUGCGCACAAGGAUGGCCGUGACGGUAACCGGUGAAGAAUCCGAGGAGGAGCUGGCAGAGCUAAAGAAGUGGGAGUUGAUCAUGUGCUUGAUCGAUAUUCCUCAGGAUGGUGUAAAAAGCCGGGUCCAUGCAUCCCGCAGGUUUUUCGAGUACUUGGCCGCCAAUGUUCUGGAAUUCCCUGUCAUCCAUCACCUCACCUUUGACGGGGACAUCAGCAGUGACCAAUUGGUUAUAACUUCGGGAAGCGAAGCAGGCGCUUUGUUGGUUGAUGGAUUAGGGGAUGGGGUCAUGCUGGAGGCGCCGUCCGUCGACUUCGACACACUUAGAACUGCAUCUUUUGGCAUGCUGCAGGGCAGUAGGAUGAGAAAUGUUAAAACGAUUGCUGUAAUGGGAUGCAUUGUCAAUGGACCUGGAGAGAUGGCAGAUGCAGAUUUCGGUUAUGUCGGAGGAGCCCCUGGAAAGAUCGACCUUUAUGUCCGAAAGCCAGGAUGUAAGCCUUGGAAGUCAGCUUAGGUUCGAGCGACCUGGUGGUUUAAGGGCCAACACAACCAAGCCUGUCUCAUCAAGAGAAGCAUAAUGAACUGCACUCCCUUUC